AUGCUUACUUACAACCCCUCUUCAUCCAGAGGCAACAUUCUCCAACUGCCCUUUCGGCGCACCCUCACCGUAUCCCUCUCAGACGCGAUUACGCAAUACAUCUCGUCCAAAUAUGAUCAACGACCGGACAUGUUCGCAGAUGAUCUGCUCAUUCUCGAUCGUCUUAGAUCUGAGGCCGUGAAUGUGCAGGAACCGCAUGUCAGCGGGGUUAGUCGACUAGUUACUUAUGCGGCGCAGCUGAAGUGGUUGGGCGGGAAGUUUCCUGUUGAUGUUGGGGUGGAUUUUUCGUGGUAUCCAGCUUUUGGGUUCAAUACGUCGAUGCCAAUCGUGCAAAAUAAUCUACGAUUCGAACUCGCAAACAUUCUAUUCAAUCUUGCCGCGCUCUUUUCUCAACUCGCCUACUCGCUAAAUAGGACUACAUCCGACGGCCUCAAACAGGCAUGCAACUACUUCUCGCAAAGUGCCGGCGUUAUCGCUCACCUCCGAAAAGACAUCAUCCCCGACCUUCGCGCCUCCCCUCCAGAAGAUAUGGAUGAAAUGACACUACAAAGUCUGGAAGAACUCCUUCUAGCGCAAGCGCAGGAAUGUUUCUGGCAAAAGGCUGUCAAGGAUGGACUGAAAGAUGCCUCUAUAGCGCGACUGGCAGCCAAAGUGUCUGAUUUCUAUGCAGAUGCGGGUGACUUUGCGGUGAAAUCGAAUGCGAUUAGCACGGAUUGGAUACACCAUAUGUCUGCGAAACAUCACCAUUUCGCGGCUGCAGCGCAAUACCGGCAGUCGCUGGAUUGCUUGGACAAGAGGAAAUAUGGAGAAGAAGUUGCGCGUUUGAGAGAUAGUCUGAAAUGCGUAAAUGAAGCGCUCAAGGAGACCAAAUGGAUCAAUCGGAUUGUGCUGGGUGAUUUGAAUGGAUUGAAAAGUCGAGUGACGGAAGAUCUCAAGCGAGCUGAAAAGGAUAAUGAUAUGAUCUAUCUGAUGCCGGUGCCUCCAAAGUCGGAAUUGAAGCCGAUCGACCGUGCGGCUAUGGUGUCUGCGAAGGCGCCCACGCAGGUCACUGAUGCUAUCUCUAUGCUUGGUGAGAAUGGCCCGCUUGGGCAGCCGUUACUUGCCAAGUUGGUACCGUAUGCUGUGCAUAUUGCGGCUAGUAUAUAUUCUGAUCGUCGGGAUCGGUUGGUUAAUGAGACGAUUAUUGGAGAGCUGGAGUCAAUGACGGAUAAGUUGCGAGAUCUGUUGCGAUCGCUCAAUCUACCAGGCUCUCUACAGGCGUUGGAGAAACCACUUGGAUUACCACCUACACUUGUAUCACAUGCGGAAGAACUUCGUCAACAAGAUGGCCUCAACCGCUUGUAUCGCUCUCUUGAAGACACAGCUCAAGUCAAGAACAACGACAAAGCAUUGUACACCGAAGGCGUAGAUUUGCUGGCGGCAGAAAAAGAAGAAGACGACAGGGCUCGCGCAAAGUAUGGUACAGACCGAUGGAACAGACAGUCUUCUGUUAUUGCCGGGAAAAAAGUAUACCAAACAGCGUCGGAUAUUAAUGGUUACUUUUCCUCUGCUCAAAGUACCGACGAGCUGAUUCGGGGUAAAUUGCGAGAUGCUGAGAAGGUUCUUCGAAUUCUGACCGGUACAAAUCGUGAUCUGGAGUCGUAUGUUCCUAGCAGUCGUCGAGCUACAAUUACGCCGGAUCUAGAGAGGGAGACGAGUAGAUUGAGAAGUUGUCUGAAUGAAGUGAGCAGACUUGAGACUCGACGAAAGCGUCGAGUUCAGGUUUUGAAGGAGAAGGCUCGCGCGGAUGAUAUCAAUUCCGCUCUACUGAAAGAAACAGCUCGCCUUGAGCGAGAGUUCCCCAUGCAACCUAUCGAAGCAAGCCAAUUUGAGAACCUUUUUGAAGAGCAUCUCCACCUCUAUGACUCUGACAUCGACAUGGUCGCCCAAGAACGAACGGAACAAGAACAACUGGAAACGCAAGUCCGCGAAGCAAACAACAAUUUCAACCGUGCCCGCCGCGGUGACACAUCAAGUAAAGAACGUGAAAAGGCAUUACAAGAGCUCGAGAAUGGAUACGCAAAAUACAAGGAGCUCAUUGGCAAUAUUGAUGUUGGACGAAAAUUUUAUAAUGACUUGGCCAAGAUCGUGGGUCGAUUUAGAGAUGAUUGCAAGUCGUUUGUGCAAGAGCGGAGAAUGGAGGCUAGUCAGCUGGAGAAUGAUAUUACCAACGCUACUGCAAUGGCGGCAUUGAAUAUAUCUUCUCACCAUCCAAUUCAUCAGCAACAACCAAUUCAGCCUCAACCUCCGGCUCCUCAGCCGCCGGCAGCACAGCCUCUAACUGCACCGCAACCCACAAGAGCAAAUGCAGCCCUGCCACCACCGGUCACAAAUACAGGUGGUAUCUGGUCGCCGGACAUGGGCAUCCGAUUCGGAGGCCCGCUACCUGCUCCUGGGAGUACGCAGCCAGGUCGACAGGGUAAUGCUGGCGCGUCGGCUGGGACUUGGGAUCCGAGCAAGGGAAUGAGGUUUUCAUAG